AUGUCUGACAAAGCAGCCUUCGACACCAACGUGCUGACCCUCACCAGGUUUGUCCUGGAGGAGGGCAGGAAGGCACAAGGGACUGGGGAGCUCACAAACCUGCUCAACUCCAUCUGCACGGCCGUCAAAGCCAUCUCCACUGCGGUGAGAAAGGCCGGGAUCGCCAACCUGUAUGGCAUCGCAGGAAGCACAAAUGUCACAGGAGACCAGGUCAAAAAGCUGGACGUCUUAUCGAACGACUUAGUGAUCAACAUGAUCAAGUCGUCCUUCACCUCUUGUGUGCUGGUGUCUGAAGAAGACGAGAAGGCCAUCAUUGUGGAACCAGAUCACAGAGGAAAAUACAUUGUUUGCUUUGAUCCUUUGGACGGGUCUUCCAACAUUGACUGUCUCGUCUCUAUUGGAACCAUCUUUGCUGUUUACAAAAAGACCACAGAUGGCGAACCAUGUGAGAACGACGCCCUGCAGCCUGGAAGAAACUUAGUAGCGGCAGGUUACGCUCUUUAUGGUAGUGCCACGAUGAUGGUCCUAUCAACAGGACAAGGAGUCAACUGCUUCAUGCUGGACCCGGCCAUUGGCGAGUUCAUUUUAGUAGAUCGAGACGUGAAGAUUAAGAAAAAGGGGAAAAUAUACAGUUUGAAUGAAGGAUAUGCCCAGCACUUUUAUCCAGACGUAACAGAGUACCUACAAAAGAAGAAAUACCCGGAGGAUGGCUCUGCUCCCUAUGGUGGCCGAUACGUGGGAUCUAUGGUCGCUGAUGUCCAUCGUACCCUAGUGUAUGGAGGAAUCUUUUUGUAUCCUGCCAAUGUCAAGAGCCCCAAAGGAAAGUUGAGGCUACUGUAUGAAUGCAACCCCAUGGCCUACAUCAUGGAGCAGGCUGGGGGUAUGGCCACAACAGGAGGGUCCCUGUCGUCCUGGGCUCUCCGGAUGAUGUCAAGGAAUACAUUGCUAUCUACCAAAAGCACGCCAAGUGAGGGAGAAGGAGUUCUCUUGCAAUUUUGCACCCCCCCCCCAUCACACAAAUGA